AUGAGUUGGAGCGAAAAUGGGUUAAGGCACAGCAACACCUUAUGGAGAACCCAUAAGGAUAUAGAUGGCUACAAAGGACAGUUUCAGAAGUCUCAGGAUCUCUGUAAAGCUCAGUGUAUGCGCUUUGGGAGAGGACGAAACAUCAAUAAGCUACUUCGAUACAAGAAUCUCCUAGUGCAGUCUGCGAAACCUACGCCCAAACCUGAAUCACCUGUUGAUAUUCUCGAUACCAUCACUAAUAGGGAGAUAGUGGUACUUGACAUGUUCCCUGCUAGGGAGAACAACACUUUCAUGGCAGCACGUUGUGACAAGGAGGAUUAG